AUGGCGUUCAAGACACAGCCCAAGAAGGAAAUGUUACUAACAGAAAUCAAAGUGAUGAAACAGUUCCGACAUCCAAAUGUUGUCAACUACAUCGAAUCGUAUCUCGUGGACGCUGAUGAUUUGUGGGUGGUGAUGGACUACUUGGAAGGUGGCAAUCUUACUGAUGUCGUUGUAAAGACGGAACUUGAUGAGGGACAGAUUGCAGCCGUUCUGAAAGAAUGUGUCAAAGCGCUUCACUUUUUGCACAGACCUGUGGAACGUAUUUGUCAAAAUAAAAACAAAUGCGAAAAUUUGAUCAAUCAUGAUUGCAGCCAUUCCAUUGUGCAUCGCGACAUCAAGAGCGACAAUGUGUUACUCGGAAUGGAUGGACAAGUAAAACUUACCGACAUGGGUUUCUGUGCUCAAAUUCAACCGGGCUCAAAAAGGUGA